UUCUUUCCAGCAACAACUGGACAUUGAAUAGAUAUUCAUCAACCUUAAUGCUGCUUUUUUUUUUAACUUUUAUUUUCCCUCAGAAAUGAAUACUACAGCUCUCUCGAUAUUUCUACUCUUACUAUUAUACAAUAAUGGAGUGCUGGUAUGCUCAAAAAAUUGCAAGACAACAUGUCCAGAAAUUCGCCCUCGCACUAAACCGCGACAUAAUAGUAUUGCGAUGUUUUCAAAUAUUUCCAUCAUCGAAGAAUGUGCCAAGUUAUGUUUUUACAGAUCCGCAUGUAACAGCUUCGCUUUCUGUCUCAAGAAUAAAAUAUGCGAAAUUUACUUCAUUGUGGUGAACAAGUUUAAAGAGGUUGACGACUAUGUAUUUAGUUUUAUCAAAACAUGGAAUCCGCGUUUGGCUGGAAGCUGUUUCAAUCAUUCAUGUGAGAGUGAUGAAAUGUGUUUACCAGAAGAAAAUGUCUACUACUGCUUAAAAUUGGAUAUCGACUGUGGUUUGCCACGCCAAGAGAAAUCAGCAGUGAUCAAUUUUCAAUCUAGGAACAGCGUGGAGUAUAGCUGCUUGGUGAAUCAGUCUGAACAAGUCAAACAUUCGUCAUAUUGUAAGCCGACAGCAAUUUGGUCAAAAUCCCUAAUAAUUUGUGGAUUUUCAUGCAAACAGCCGCAUCUUCUCAACUUAACUAUAACCAGCAGAGCUUAUGUGGAUAGCUACUGGAAUUAUGAAUGUGUAGGAAUGACCACAACUUGCCAUAUGAAAGCAAUUUGGUACAAUGGAAUGAAGAAUUAUUUUAAUAUUUCUUGUACAACGAAGGAAGACAUGGGUGAAGGCACCAUAACAACAAAUGUCAGCUAUCUAUGCGCCCGGGUUGGAAGCAAACUCGUUCCUGAUCAUGAAAAGAUGCCAGUUUGUAUAACGUCGGCAUAUAUCAAGAAUUGUGACAUAAUAUGUGAUAUACCAAACGGAAAGAAAUUAAAAGAUUCUACUGUAAGAAAAUGCAAGAAAGUCUAUAUUUGCGACUGGCUGAAUAGUUCUUUACAAAUUCGGAAACUGGUAUUUUGCCAGCCUAAUAUAAAAAUGGAAAAUGGUACCAUAAGUUUUGAAGGCGUGAUGAAAAUGGUGUGUGAGAUUUUAGAUCGACUUACACUGAAAACUAUUCAAAUCAAUGCUGAACAUUUGUUGCCAGACAUCAGAGUUGGGCUACGACAAAUAUUGCUGGUAAAAUAAACAUUCUUUCUACUGGAGCAACGAUUACGCAGACAAGCAAGCGUACUAUACUUAGUAAGCUCAGGAGACGUUUGCCCGACAUAUUGCCAUAAA